UGUCAAACAAUUCGUCAGCAGCAACUUCCGAAUUUCACUGCUUCAUCAUCCCAUUUGACAAAAUAAUCAUCAUCCUUACAAACACGGUCGGCUCCAAUGUCAACCAAUUGAACUACACUCCCAUAUUUUGUCUUGGCGUUCGCUUCAAUUAACGCCCACCAACCAAAAUGUCGUUCUUGUUGAAUAUGGUCCAUGGCAAAUUCACCACAAUACCACCACAAGAAGAAGAUUGCACAGAUAAAGUAGUUAUAAUCACUGGCGGGAAUGGCGGUAUUGCCCUUGAGGCAGCGCGACACUUUACCCAACUCAACGCUGCUAAAGUCAUUCUCGCUUGUCGCAAUCUUGAAAAAGGUGAACAUACAAAGAAAGAUAUUGAAGAGACAACUGGAAAACACAAUGUCAUCGAGGUCUGGCACUUGGAUCUUGCGUCGCAUGAUAGUGUUCGCGAGUUUGCAGCUCGUGUCAAUAAGUUAGACCGACUGGAUGUCUUGAUCAACAAUGCGGGUCUUCUUCUCUUUAAGCGUGAGCUUAUCGAAGGGCACGAGUCGAUGCUGAGCGUCAAUGUCAUCUCUACAGCUCUUCUUACGCUUCUUGUUCUUCCUGCUCUGAGACAGACGUCGACGAGGUUUAACACUAUUCCUCAUAUUGUGAUUGUGUCCUCUGACGCUGCAUUUGAGGGUCGCCUUCCUGCACAAGAGCCAAACAUCGUCAAAGCUCUUGAUGAGCAGACCAGCGUCCUUGAACACUACAACAAGACAAAACUCGUUCAACUCAUAUUCAUGACGCAACUUGCCAAAGCUAUUGAGGCAUCUGGAAAAGGCUAUAUCAUUGUCAACGGCGUACAUCCUGGCUUCUGCAGCACGCCGCUCUUCAAUAACACGCCCUUCCCGUUCAACCUUAUAUUUACAGGCCUUCUUGCGCUUUUUGGACGGACUCCGGAGGUGGGAUCCCGUGCAUUGCUGGCUGGAGCGUUUGCAGAUGAGAGUUUGAACGGAAAGUUUAUGUCUAACGGCGCUUUUCAUGAACUACCAAAGACUUUGCAGGGAGAUGAUGGGGAGAAGAUGUGUAGACAGGUCUGGGAGGAAUUGAUUGGGAUUUUGGAGGAGAUUGAGCCUGGCGUAACAAAGAAAAUCUAGGAUCAGAAUUAACCGUUUGAUGGAGAGAAUUCGGACAGCUCGACAUGUGGUAUAUGAACUCUCAACCAGUAAAUGUAGUGGUAAUGGCCCCAUCAGUGUGCAUUUAACUAUCAACGACUGUCACACUUCUAAGCCGCGGAACUUAUAGGUAAGGUAGUCAGAAGUGAUAACAUAAUAUGAAAGACUUGGUAAGA